AUGUAUGCAUGUAUCUAUCUAUCUAUCUAUCUAUCUAUCUAUCACAGUCUUUUUUAUCCAUCUAUCUUUCUAUCUAUCUAUAUAGCUAUCUCUUUUAAGAUAUCUUUUCCACCUUUAAGUAUGUAUGUAUGUAUGCAUCGAUCUAUCUUUCUUUUCUUAUCUGUCUAUGUAUCUAUUAAUCUAUCUGUUAAUUUAUCUACUCAGUCUUCGUAUCUAUCUAUCUAUCUAUCUAUCUAUCUAUCUCAAUACUUUAUCUAUCUAUCUAUCUAUCUAUCUAUCUAUCUAUCUAUCUAUCUAUCUAUAACAGUCCUUCUUUAUCUAUCUAUCUAUCUAUCUAUCUAUCUAUCUAUCUCAAUACUUUAUCUAUCUAUCUAUCUAUCUAUCUAUCUAUCUAUAACAGUCCUUCUUUAUCUAUCUAUCUAUCUAUCUAUCUAUCUAUCUAUCUUGUCCUUCUUUUAG